UAUGGCGGAGGUAACGACAGUUGCGAGGCUAUUGAGGGUUUCAAGCCUGAAAGCUUAGAAUUGUUGCUCGGAUCAGAUAAAUAUUCUAAUGGCUAGAGAAAAUGUUUGACCAAACUAAUACCUCGGUACUGGAAAUCUGGUUUGCUUUCGUUAGAGGAGAUGUACCAUCAUCCAAGUAGAGCCGCCAAGACAGGACGAGUGGUUGCUAGGGAUGGUGCAAAUUUCGGCUUGCAAUACAGUUUGCAAGCUCAAGCAACUCCAGUUAUUGAAAGACCUCCUGGCAAGCAGGCAAUCCCAGAGUGGAAGCAAAACCCUCACAGUCGUGAGUCUGGAUCUUUAACAAGACCAGCAUCAAAUACAAGGAUUGACAAUGGAACAAAGUAUCGGCACACCAUGUCACCUCCCCAAGAUAUGGAACGUCCUUCAUCUAUUUUGCAGUAUUCCCAUUCAAGUGUUGAUCCAGUGCAAGACACAAAACAGCAUUAUGCUACAACAUCUUUCAGAGAACUUCAUAAAGUACAGCGUCAGGUGUUGCAGCCAGCACCAGCCUAUGUUGCAGACCAUUCAACUGCCACAACAGGAGCAAUGGCCAUAAGUCAAAGUAAAGUGACCCAGGAAGGUACAUAUGAUGAUAGUCUACAAGGACGACAAACAUUAAGCGCAGGAUCACAGUCUCAAUCCAGAAAUAAAACACAAGUGUUUUUACCAGGGGACAGGGUUAUAUUUGCUGAGUCACCUUCAUUUCCUGGUGUACCUAUUGUUUAUCGCCUUCCUGAGGAAAGGCAGGCAAAUCCUGACAGGCUCAACCUUGACAGGAGGAGGUUGACUACUUGCCCAAUUCUGGAAGGUGAAGACUACCUGAGACUUCUUAACUUUCAACACAAUCUAAUUAGUAGAGUCUCUCAUCUAGAAAACCUUAAGAGACUGAUCUUCUUGGAUUUCUAUGAUAAUCAGAUUGAAGAAAUUUCAGGUCUCUCUGCUCUGCGAUCACUCAGGGUACUCAUGCUGGGCAAAAACAGGAUAAGGAAUAUCAGUAAUUUGGAUUCUCUCACAAAGCUUGAUGUUUUGGAUCUGCAUGGCAACAAAAUAGUAAAGAUUGAGAAUCUUAGUCAUCUGACUGAACUGCGGGUUCUUAACUUGGCUGGAAAUGAAAUUGUUCAUGUGAGUAGUGUUAGUGGAAUGAGAGCUCUGGCUGAACUUAACUUGAGGAGGAACAAAAUCUGCACUGUGGAAGACGUAGAUUUGCUGCCAAAUCUUCAGAGAUUAUUUCUCAGUUUUAAUUGCAUCACAAGCUUUGAUGACAUUCAGUGUUUGGCAAACUCCACGUCUUUGAAUGAGUUAUCCCUGGAUGGAAAUCCCUUUGCAACUCACUCUAACUACAAGCAGAGUGUUCUCAGAAAUCUGUCAAGCUUGCGGCAGUUGGACAUGAAGAGAAUAUCAGAAGAGGAAAAGAGAAUUGCCUCAGUUAUGGCAAGAAAAGAAGAAGAGAAAAAGAAGGAAAUCAGUAAAUUAGCUGUACUGAAGGAAAAGCGUCGUAUUGCUAUCAACAAUGCACAGCGACAGUGGGAGGUAUCCCGCACCAGGGAAAUUAAGCCAGACUCUUUGCCCUCAAGGGAUAACUUAGAAAUUUUGCCUCAGACCUCUCACAAUGAGCUGCCUGAUUCCUCAGAGCCCAGAGAUGCUGUCCCCUCCCCUCUGAGUAUAUGCCACUUAGCCGAGCUGGAUAGUGACACUUUGUUCUUGUAUGGCCCAGGCUCCCUAGACGCGCUGGAUCGUCACUGGGGCAGCCAGGCCGUACAAGCUGUCAGUGCGAUCUCCUUUAAAUUCAUCGAUUUUGACAACAUCGUUCCUCAGCUGUACAAGAUCAGGGCCCGCUUUCCUUCCCUGGUGGGUCUUAUUUUUACAGAAACUAACAUUAAAAGUCUGCAGCAAAUCAAUUGUUUAUCUUUGUUAAGAAGACUUGAACACAUCUCCAUCAGUACUGAGGGAAAUCCUAUAACAUCCUUCACUCUGUGGAAACCUUAUGUGUUGUUCCGUUUGGCACACUUCUCUCUCAGAAAGAUCAAUGAUAUUGAGGUGACAGCUGAAGAUAAUGUCAAUGCCGAGAAACUGUUUGGGACCUUGGCUCAUAUUACUACAUCACAGUUGCCUCAAUCCAGGCUUCUUACCAUGCUAGGAGAUUCAAGGCGGAAGCAAGUGCUUGAUGCAGAUAAAAAGAAAACUGAAGGAAAACACGAACGGGCGCCUUCGAACGAAUCUGUCAGCCGGGCAGGACUGCAGUACUGGCCAGCUGAUUCACAGAAGACUCAUAGCCAGGAAGCAGAGGAAAGGCGCUCAUUUGCUGCGAAUUAUAUGAAAGAGAUAGCCCACACGGCCAUACUUACUGACCGAAAGAAAAAGAAACUGAAUGAGAUAUUGCCAGGGUUGUUAAGUAACAUGGUUGAAAGAGCUCUCACAGACUUAAAUGAUUUAGACAACUUUAUGAAGAACGGCUUUGAGGAAGUGAAAAGCAAGUGACGUUGAGGAAGAAAAGUGUAAGAAAAGUAAUAUUCAUCACCUAACGAGCCCUGUCUGCGGUACUAACUCUGAUAUGGCAAAAUGAGACUUUGGGAGUCUGCAACGCCCUGGACGUUCACAGCUCUGGGACUGGAGAAAGACAGAGCACAGCGGUGAAGUUUUAAAAUUAUGUCUAAAGUAACAGUCAUUCUAGCAAAAUAAAAAGAAUAUCUGCGAUUGGUUAUAA